UGCAAUUAGGCUUUGUAAAGGAAACUACCACAUUGCAUCCAUUUUUAUCAGUUAGUGUUCUGCAGAUUUUUCUUAACCAUGUAAACCUUUCUUAUGCAGGUCAUAUCCUUUUAUUUCAGUAAAGCUGGUACAACACUUUCUUGGAAGCUAAUUUUUGGGCAGUUUGGCAGUUUUUACCACUCACAUGCCUCUGCACUCACAUUCCGGUGCUGCCUUUUUCUCUGCGGGCAACUAAUUAAUGGAUUGCUGGUACUCCAGUAAGGUUCAUGAAGAGCACCCACAAACAAAUAUGACUCUAUCAAAUAAACUGAGCAGUGGAAGUUUCUGUGAAACCUUUGCAUUGGUUCUCUUCUUUUUACACCUGUUUUUCAGUUGUUCUAGGGGAUCACAUCACACACAAGUUUUAUUUGGCUUGAAGUUUGAUGCAUCACAUAUUGCGAAUAUUGUGUUAUUCUAUAUGCAUCACUUUUUUCCCUUGACAAUACAUACAUGUUCUUGUGUGCCCCAAGCGUGAAGUCAAAAGAUUUGCUGAUCUAAGUUCUGAUGAGACAAGUGACUUAUGGGUUACUGCAAAGGAAGUUGGUGCACGUCUUGAGCAGUAUCAUAAAGCAUCUUCACUUACCUUUGAUAUUCAGUGAUAUUACUUAUCAGGAUGGUCCUGAAGCUGGCCAGACAGUUCCACAUGUCCACAUUCAUGUCAUCCCGAGGAAGAAAGGGGAUUUUGAGAAAAAUGAUGAAAUAUAUGAUGCGAUUGAUGUGAAAGAGAAAGAAUUGAAGGACAAGCUUGACCUGGACAUUGAGAGGAAAGAUAGAAGCAUGGAAGAAAUGGCUCAUGAGGCCAAUGAGUACCAUGCUCUUUUCUCCUAGAAUUAACUCUAGUAUAGUGGUUAGUUUCAAAGUUGAGCUGACUGUUUGCUAUAAAUAAGCCUUGCUGCUUCUUGUUCUCCAUUGUUGCAAUCCAGUAUCAUUUAACUGAUAUGGUGUUGGACUGGUGUUCAGUGGUGUGAACUAGAAUGAUGCUAAUGUGAUAUGUUUAUGUACUAUGAACAAAUAGUCAUCUCUUGUAAGGAUUGCGUUCUUACGGGCAAACCUUCUAGAUUAGAAACUAGUUUUGAUGUACUACAGAGCGUCAGCUGUUUGCUGGAUGAAGUAUAUCUUUACUGCAAA